AUGGCUUUCAAUAUUUCUCCCCACACCAGCACCCCAUCGGCUGUUUCCUCCUCUCUUUGCCCCUCGUUCCUGAAAAUACAUCCCACAUUUGUAAUUAAAAAACAAAAGCAUCCCCAUUUACCUACUGUUUCAUGCAAAGCCACAGGUGAUGAUCACCAAAACCCUUCUACAAGAAGAGAUGUCCUCGUUGGUCUGGGAGGUCUCUAUGGUGCAACCAAUCUCAGUGACCCAUUCGCUUAUGCUAAGCCAAUCCAACCUCCGGACAUCUCUGACUGUACCGCAAUAAACGAGCCUGAUUCUCAAAAUCCUACAAACUGUUGCCCUCCAACAACCAGAAAGAUCAUCGACUUCAAGCUUCCUUCUCGAAAUGAGCCCUUGCGCAUUAGACGUCCUGCUCAUUUAGUUGAUAAUGCCUACAUUGCGAAAUAUAAUAAAGCCGUUGAGCUAAUGAAACAACUCCCUGAAGAUGACCCACGUAACUUCACACAACAAGCCAAUGUCCAUUGUGCUUAUUGUGAUGGUGGUUAUCACCAAGUUGGGAUGCCAGACUUGAAUUAUCAAGUUCACUUCAGUUGGCUGUUCUUUCCCUGGCAUAGAUACUAUCUCUACUUCUAUGAGAGAAUCUUGGGCAAACUGAUUAAUGAUCCCACCUUUGCUUUACCUUUCUGGAAUUGGGAUUCCCCUCAAGGCAUGCAAAUACCAGCCUUCUUUGCCGACCCUAAAUCAGCAGUCUAUGACCCGCUCCGUGACAAGACUCACCAGCCACCAAAAAUUAUGGAUCUUGAUUUUCCGGGCGUAGACUUCUCCUUGCCAGACCGAGUCCAAGUGGCUAGCAAUCUUACUGUGAUGUAUAGGCAAAUGGUGAUUCCCAAGUAUCCGACGCUCUUUAUGGGUAGACCAUACCGUGCUGGAGAUGAACCAGAACCUGGAGCCGGUUCGCUUGAGGACGUCCCACACACUACAAUUCACAUCUGGACCGGUGACGCAGACCAACCGAACCGUGAAAACAUGGGAGUUUUCUAUGCGGCCGCGAGAGAUCCUAUCUUUUUCGCUCAUCAUGGGAACAUUGACCGAUUGUGGGAAGUAUGGAAGAAGUUACCUGGUGGAAAAAGAAACAAUUUCUCUGACCCCGAUUGGCUCGACGCAGCAUUUCUUUUUUACGAUGAGAACGCAAAUCUUGUCCGAGUUAAAGUUAGGGAUUGUCUUGACACUACAAAGUUGAGGUACAGCUUUCAAGAUGUUUCUACUCCCUGGAUCAAUGCUAGACCAAAACGAAAACCAAACAAACCAAAGCCGACAGUGCCAGCAGAUACCGCAGACCCAACAAAACCAAUCGGUCUGUUAAACAAAACAGUAAGUGUUGUGGUUCAGAGGCCUAAGAAAAAGAGAAGUAAGAAAGAAAAAGACAACGAAGAAGAAGUUUUAGUAAUAGAAGGGAUUGAGUAUCGAAUAGAUCAAUAUGUAAAGUUUAAUGUGCUCAUAAAUGACGAGCCUGAGACACCUUCGAAGGCAGACAACGCAGAGUUUGCAGGGACCUUUGUCAAUGUGCCUCAUGAUCGUAACAAGACAGUAAAGACAAGUUUGAGAUUGGGAAUUACUGAGAUAUUAGAGGAUUUGGAAGCUGAAGAUGAUGAUAGUGUGGUAGUGACUUUGGUGCCGAUAACAAAUAUAGGUGAGGCUACCAUUGGCACUCUCAGGAUUGAGCUUCUCAAGGAUUAA